AAACUAAUAUAAUAAAAUAAAAAGGUACUUUGCUUGCUAGAUUCGCGUCUCCUUGCCUAAAAUUAUGUAAAAAGAAAUGAGUACCGGGACUGAACAGAUAUUUCUGCCUGAUUCCGCGAGCAACUUACCUCACGGAGUCGAAAUGAUAAGGUCGAUGAGGCCGGGUAAUGGAGCGCCGACAAUCAACACAACCAAUCUUGAGAAUGUGUCGGACUUCUCAAAGGUGUGUCGUGUGUGUGCAACUGUCACAGAGCUGGUGGUUCCCAUCUAUGGUGAAGAGGGCCUGCGCAUGAACCUUGCUGGUAAAAUAAAGAGACAUCUGCCUAUCAAGGUAACGGAGAAUGAUGUGCUGCCCCUGGUGGUGUGCUUCCAAUGCACCAGCACCCUCCUGGCGACGCACGAGCUGGUGGCGUGCAGCCUGCAGGCCGACGCGGCGCUGCGCACGGCGCGCGCGCAGCGAGAGCGGCAGGCGCAGCAGUCUCAGCAGCGUCAGGAGCAGGCGCUGGACACAGAGGGCAUUGUCGAAGACCGGCCAGACGAGGACGUAAAAUUUAAAGCGGUAGUUAAGAGCGUGCUCGUCAACUAUUUCCACACCCUUAACAUGGACGAAGGCGACGAGUGCCAGUUCGCCUGCCAGAAAUGCUCGUGGAGAGGCGAUUCCACAGAACUACUUGUAGACCAUUUACACGCGCACCAAGCUAAACCCGAUACCGUUGACAGCUUCAUACGACAGUACAUAACUUUUGAGGAACCGCUAGAGUCAGAUGAUGAUACAACAGAAGCGCCAACAAUCAAACUUAAGCCUCCGAAGCCUGUAGCAGCUCACUGCUGUCCGUUCUGCGACAGUAUAUUCUCAUCUACAUCGCGUUUAGGACUUCACGCCGCCGAGCAUGUUGAAAUCAGCGAAGACAUCGCUGUGGAGUGCUGCGGAGCGCUCUACAGCGAGCGUUCUUUAUUCAUCCAACACGCCCUUGCCAAGCACGAACGCGCUCCGCCCCCCGGUAUAAUCUGCCGCGCUUGUGGCCAAAAAGCUGAAUCCCUCGUUACUCUCUCCGAACAUAUAAGAAACACACACGCUGAUGAUGCUAUCACUAGAAAAAGAACAGACCGCAAUCCUAAAAGCAAAGACCAGAAAUACAUCCCGACUCCAUGCCCUGAUUGUGGCAAGACGUUCUCGAACAAGUACAACAUGGCUGUACAUUUGCGAUCGCAUAAAGAAACGCCAGAAAAAGUCCAAUGUGAGUUGUGCAGUAAAUGGUACGGCAGUCGCGGCGCCUUGGUCAGUCAUGUGAAGCUAGCUCAUGGUGGGUUACUCCGCUUCGCUUGUGACAUAUGCGGGGAAAGGUUCCCGAAUCGCACCGUCCGUGCCGUCCAUGUCGCCUCACACACGGGGGAGAGACCGCACGUCUGUACAGUCGAGGGCUGUUCAAGUGCAUUCAGGAGUCGCGACUCGUUGUUAAAACAUUUGGAUGCGCACAGAAAUGAGCGGACCUACGCCUGCCAUUGUGGGAAGGAUUUCAAGAGGAGAUGGCAUUUAAAAAGACAUCUGAAAACACAUCAAGAAAGCGGUCUAUUGAAGAAGAAGGAGGAGUCGGAUUAUACUGACUUGAGAUCUUGGGCGGGAAUUACGGAAGACGGUCACGACCCCGGUGUCAAUGGCGAGGCUGACGGUGACCGAGCCUCGAGCGACGAGGACGACCGCCCGCUCGCCACCCUAGCCUCCGAGAAAGCUGACGCGUACACAAACUUCUACAACGCCUUGCUAAACUUUAGAAACCAUUUCCUAAACGGACACGACGCCCGCUACCCAGAGUUUACGGAGUCGAGCGAAAGCGAAGCGGCUAACGGAUCGGACGACUACGACGACUUGUCCAAGAAUAACAUGCGACGGGAUCGCAUGGACGAAGCCACGAGACUCGAGCUAGCGAGCGCGCAGACGCGCAUAGACGGCAAGACCUACUACACGUGUCGCGUGUGCGGCAAACGUCUCAGCUCCCCGCACACUUACGUGUUCCACACGCGAAUACACACGGGCGAGCGGCCGUGCGUGUGCCACAUAUGCGGGAAGCAGUUCCGAGCGCCGAACGGCUUACGGCGACAUCUGGCGGAGACCCACGAGCGGCGCCGCCGGCACGCGUGUCCACACUGCGGCCGCACGUUCGCCAACUCGCAGAACCUGAAGCAGCACACGAGGACGCACACGGGGGAGAGGCCGUACCCGUGCUCGCUCUGCGGGAAACGCUUCCGGCAGUCGGGGUCGCUGCACGCGCACAAGAAAACCCACGUCGCGCUGUUGCCGUUCCGCUGCGCGCACUGCCCGGCCGCGUUCCGGCUGCGCGCGGGGCUGGCGCGGCACCGGCUGCGGCACUCCGGGGAGCGUCCGCACCCGUGCGAGGUGUGCGGGCGGGCGUUCCGGACGCGCGCGGACCUGGCGGCGCACCGCGCGGCGCACUCGCCGGCGCGCGCGCACCACUGCGGCGUGUGUCACGCCGCGCUGCGCUCGCGCCGCGCGCUGCGACACCACACGAGGCGGCUGCACCCGCCGCCGCCGCCGCAGAUACAGGACGAUAUGGCGAAUCGAUCCUACUUCGUCCUAGCGCCAUUAGACGCGCCGCAAAAAGUCGAAAACUCUCAAACGGAGAACUCGGCGGUCGCCACGCGGCGGCGGCGGCACUGCUCCGCCUGCGGGCUCCGCGUCGCCGCCGGCAACCUCGCCAGGCACGUACGCACCGCGCACGCGCAAACACGUCCGCACACAUGCCAACAAUGCCCAGCCACCUUCUCCAGACGAGACCAUCUCAAAGACCACGAGCGCACACAUGGGAGUACCCGCGAAUAUGUCUGCGACACUUGCGGGGCCGCGUCGCGGUCGGCGGCGGCGUUACGCAUGCACAAGCAGAGCCACCGCCAUCGACUGCACGCCUGCCUGCACUGCGACGCGCGGUUCCGUCGCAAGGCGGAGCUGGCCGCGCAUGUGUCGGUGCACACCGGGGAACGCGCGCAUGUGUGUCGGUGCGGCAAGACCUUCCGCCUGCGCGCGCAGCUGACGCGCCACGAGCGCACGCACCGGGACCCGCCGCGCUACCGGCGCUGCGAGUUCUGCCCGGGCGUGGUGCGCGGCGCCCUGUACACCGGCCACCUGGUGCGCCGCCACGCCGACCUGCUGUUCCACUGCGACGAGUGCAACUCGUACGUCGCGCGCAGGCAGUUCCUCGCGCACAUGACCCGCCACGCGCACCAGUACGACGCGGAAGGGCGCCGCGCGGCCCCCAAGCCCCUCGACGUGCCGCCCGCCCCCGCCCCCGCGCCCGCCCCCGCCCCCGCCCCCGCCCCCGCGCCCUGCACCACCUCCGCGGCCGCCGACUCCACCACCGCCUCCUCCGAGCCGCGCUCCGACCCCGACACCGACGACGAGCGAGACGACACGCCACCGCCGGAACCGGAGCCCAGCGACCGAGGUGGCAACCCUGACCUAAACCCCGACCCGGCGCGGCUGAAUGUAGCGCCCGGGCCGAGCGCGGCGGCUCAACCGAUCGCGAUAGCUCAGCCGAACCCUGAACCCGUUCAAUCGAGAUCUGUGUCCGUUGAUGAUCCGCUAAAUCGGCCGGAGUCGAACGCGCAAGUUGAAGAAACAAAGCCUAAGCCCGAGAAGGCGCCGGUCGUCCGCCAGUGCCCGCACUGCCCCAAGACCUACACGGCCUCCUCGAGCUACUUCUACCAUCUCAAGUACACGCACGGCGGGAGCCGCGAGCACGAGUGCCCCGCCUGCGGCCGCCGCUUCGGCACCCGCGGCGCGCUGCGCGAGCACUCCUCCCUGCACGAGCCGACGCGGCGCCUGCAGUGCGAGCAGUGCGGGAAACGGUUCCGGACCAAAGCGGGCCAGUAUAUACACGCGCAGACGCAUAGAGAUAAGAGAGAGAAGAAAUUUGAAUGCGCCGAAUGCGGCCGAGCGUUCCGCUGGCGCACGGAGCUCAAGCGCCACGUGACUAGACACGCCGCGGCCCGGACGCACGCGUGCGAGUGUGGGCGCGCCUUUUCCGUGCGCGCCGAUCUGUUAAGACAUGCUCGCACGCACAGCCGCGCGGCGCAUGUGUGCCCGCACGCGGGGUGCUGCGCCACGUUCGCGCAGCCGCGCUACCUGCGCGCGCACGUGACGCGCAAGCACGCCCCCGCGCCCGACAAGGCGCAGGCGCAGCGCAAGUCUGCGUAAACUGACUGUUGACAUGUUCACUGUCCCGUGCCCCCACAUAUGGGUCACGGCGAGCCUCUAUUACAAAGCUGUAAGGUUGAAAGUUGGGACAGUGAACGUGUUAAGACUUUGUAG